UCCACAGCUCUCAGCAGUCUUCGAUUUUCAUGUCGAUGUGAAAAGAGAGGGAAAUUUUUUUGUUUUUUUUUUUUUUGUUUUAUAGGAAAAAUCAGAGAAAAAUUAUAGCUCUUGGAAGCUGCCUUUAAUACUCUCAGAUCUAACCGGUGUUGUUUGACUGGAAAUCUGAAAUUUUCUCUCGCCACUUCCGUGAUUGAAGGGUGGUGUUUGGUGGGUUUCUGGUGUUUGAUUGUCAGCAUUUCUGUGGUUAGAUCAGCGGCUGUGGAGUCGUUGAGCUGGUGGGUUUUUGUUGGAGUUUGGUUUUCGAUGUUUGUUUUGGAAAUGUCAUGGAGGAGAUCUAGAAUCUGUGGUGGGUUCUGUACAAUUGGGACCGUAAAGUUGUGAUUUUUAGGUGCUUAUAUUUGGGGGACUCGUUGAUCGGAGUUGUAGGUGUAGAUCUUGGUGGUUUAGAGUUAUUGUAGUUGAUUCAGUGAGUAUUUCGAUGGAGACGCUUCUUGUUGUGCCGCAGCAUAGGAAUCAGUAUUAUGGCAGAAGCAAGGCUCAUGGGUCUGAUAGAUUUGUGUCGUCACCAUCCAGUGAUUUCAGAGAGAUUAAUUGUAGGACUUUUGAAUCUGGGGCAGGUAUACUCCCAACCCCGUUGAAGGCUUGUACUACUCCUGUAGCCAAAGGGGCGUGCCCUCUUUCUCAGAAAACCCCAUCACCUCAUUCUGAAGAUAGCAAGCAGGCCAAAACCAAAACAAAUGGAAAAAGCAGUGCAAUUGCAAUUCCCUUUGCUGAGGCUUCUAACUAUGAGAAGUCCUUCCAUGAUGACUUCUCGUACUGUGAGCUCUGGGCUGGACCCGCUUAUUCAAACUCGCCACCCCCUAGUUCCUUGCCCAUACCCAAAUUUUCGAUGCGGCCAAAGCGCACUGUCUCGCUUGACUUGCCUGGCUCCGCUCCUGUUAUCAAAAUGCACGCCAUCGCCAAGUCUGCUCCCCCUUCCCCAACAAGGGAACCGUACCCUUCUCCCAGAGAUUUUACUGACUUUGCAACUAAGAAUCUCCGGCGAAUUCUCAAUCUCAAUAUAGCGGAUGAUUGAAGUUCGACGAGCACCGUGCUCCUGUAAAUAAUCGGACUUUGUCAACAGGGUAUGUGACAGUUUGUAUAUAGAGUGAAUAAACAGGUCGAUAGUGUGACCUUUUCUGUCGGUUAUUUUAGCUUUGCAGUAGUGGUGGUGGUGGUACAAACAACAGUCAUGGCUGGUUGAUAAGCUAUCUUCGGAAUUUUCACUAAGAAUUUGUUUGCUUAAUGUGGACCCGGGUUUCUCUCUUUAGAAGGUGGCAGGAUAUAUAUAAUUUGGGUAUUGCAACACGGAAAGAUGGGGUAUUGAAAGUUUGAUGAGGCAGAAGGAACUAAUGCAUGGGAAUUUGCUUCUGAAUUGACUGGUUGCCUGUACUCUUCUGCGGCAUGGUGUGGAAAAACUAACUGCUCUCUAAUCUAUUGGGCCUGAUGGAAACUGCAUUCUAGUUGGUUGUAGAAUUGAAGUCCUCCGGAUAAUUCCCUCAGUUGAUUUUCAGAGAUUUGGUUCUUGAUUAAGGUUUAGGUCUCUAGUCUCAGAUACCAUGUAUAUAGUUUAGAAAUUUUAACUGAUUACUACUCCUAGUAGAUCAUCUAUAGGUUUCUGUUUUAUUCUUGUUGUCCUUAUUUUUAUUCCAUAGUUAUGUGCUUAGUAUCCUUUCUUUCUACUAAUCCAAUACUCAGAGAGUUGCCUCUUUGUUUUUCUUUAUGUCAGAUGGCCUGAAUUGGCUGUCUUUUUCCUCUUCUUCAUCUUCAUUUUUGUCAUUUCCUUCUUUUUUUCUUUUUCUUCCCUAGUUAGUAUUCUUCUUCUUAGGAACCCUCCAUGAGGGUGGCCUUGUUCCCCUUCACCAUCUUUUUCAGGUUUUUAAAGAGAAAAAAGUGGGAAGGGGAAGCGAAAGUAGUUGUUCUUUUCUGCUAUCGAGUAGUUCCAUCCGUGUUGCCUGUCCUGUUAUUGAGCCCGCUAGUCUCUUGCUCCUGGACCACCUAUUCUGUUAUUGAGCUUGUUAGGUGUUUGCUCCUGGACCACCUAUUCCUGUUGUUCGUCAUAAGGCUUAUCUUCCUGGGGAAUCAUUGAUCAUAUUGAGCUGUUUAUCAGCACUGAACCAGGAAGCGAAUAGAAGGACUUCCAGGAGGCUGUUUUUCCAGUUAUGAUGUGUUCGUGGUGGAUAUAGACUGUCUUUUGAAGUAAAUAUAGCAGGGAACUGCACGCAGUUGUGUCUUGUAUCUUGUAUUCAGGAACUACCUAAUACCUAUGUUUGGCUGUUUGUGUACUGUACCAGGAGUAGCCUUGAAGUAGAAACUGAAAUUGUUGUCAACCCUUUUAUGUUCAUGUAAAAUUUUAGUUUGCAAUAUCAGAUCCCUGUUGGCAUUUCUUGAGAAGCAUUUAUAGCAUCGUUCUGGAUGGA